GAUAUUUAAUUUCUUCAGGCUGGCUCAGGGUUUCCUAGGGUUUUCUUCAUCUUCAACCUAGAGUUCACGCAGAGGAUCGGUGAACGGCGACAGCAGCAGCAACCAAACAUGGCUACUCAGAUGAGCAAAAAGAGAAAGUUUGUGGCGGAUGGAGUGUUCUUUGCGGAGCUUAACGAAGUUCUCACCAGAGAGCUUGCAGAGGAUGGCUACUCCGGAGUCGAGGUUAGGGUCACACCUAUGCGGACUGAGAUUAUCAUUAGGGCUACUCGUACACAGAAUGUUCUUGGCGAGAAAGGAAGGAGAAUCCGAGAAUUAACAUCUGUUGUUCAGAAGCGUUUCAAGUUUCCUGAAAACAGUGUUGAGCUAUAUGCUGAGAAAGUCAACAACAGAGGACUCUGUGCCAUUGCUCAAGCUGAAUCUCUGCGCUACAAGCUUCUAGGAGGCCUUGCUGUCAGGAGGGCUUGCUAUGGUGUCCUUAGAUUUGUCAUGGAGAGUGGAGCUAAGGGAUGUGAGGUUAUUGUUAGUGGUAAGCUGAGGGCUCAGCGUGCAAAAUCCAUGAAAUUCAAGGAUGGAUACAUGAUAUCAUCCGGACAGCCAGUGAAAGAGUACAUAGACUCGGCCGUGAGACAUGUUCUCCUUAGACAGGGUGUUCUGGGUAUCAAGGUCAAGAUCAUGCUCGACUGGGACCCGAAGGGCAAGCAAGGUCCACCGACGCCCCUUCCUGAUUUGGUUACUAUCCAUACUCCCAAGGAGGAAGAGGAAUUCAUUAGGCCCGUCGCUGUGAUUCCAACGGCUGAGAUAGAGGUUGCAGCAGCUUAAGAGAAGAAGAAAAGAAUAGCAGACAUGAGGGAGCAAAAAGUAGUCUAGUGUUUCUAUCAUAAAUGUCAUUUCUUUCAGACCAUGGAAUUCUAAGUUUUGAUAAUGUCUUUCUUCUGUUUUGAGUUUUGAUUUUGGCAUGUUUUUGUUACAAAUAUUCACACAAACAUUGUUACUCUACUUUAUGACUGGCCCCCUACUGUUUAAUCGUAAUCUUAAUCUGAGUUUGUAA